GUGUUUAUAUACGCGACGUCAGAGAAGCCAAACAAGCGUGUGAAACGGCGCUUUUUAUCCCUGCUCAUCGUGAGCUUUAUGAAAGGUGGAACUAACUUUUAUCUUCGCCAGAAGACUUUCACAGCCACCGGGGACAACCGCCGCAGUUGAAGGAGUCGCCUCGCAUCGCAACCAUGUCUGCCUCUCCAGCGAAAGUCAGCAAGAAGGGAAAUUCAAACCACGAUGGAGCGGACGAGACCUCUGAAAAGGAGCAGCAGGAGGCAAUCGAGCACAUUGAUGAAGUACAGAACGAAAUUGACAGACUCAACGAACAAGCAAGUGAGGAAAUCUUAAAAGUGGAGCAGAAGUACAACAAAUUGCGCCAGCCAUACUUUCAGAAACGGUCAGAACUCAUAGCCAAAAUCCCCAACUUCUGGGUCACAACAUUCGUCAACCAUCCACAAGUUUCGGCUCUUCUGGGUGAGGAGGACGAGGAAGCGCUUCAUUACCUGUCAAGGGUCGAUGUAACAGAGUUUGAAGACAUCAAAUCUGGAUACAGAAUAGAUUUUUAUUUUGAUGAGAAUCCAUACUUCGACAACAAGUCCCUCUCCAAAGAGUUUAAUGUGAAUGAGGGUGGAGAUCCAGUCUCAAAGUCGUCUGAAAUUAAAUGGAAAGAGGGAAAGGACCUCACAAAGCGCGCCGGCCAGACGUCGACCAAAGCUGGAAAGAAGCGGCCUCACGAUGAACCCGAGAGCUUCUUCACCUGGUUCACUGACCACUCGGACGCAGGGGCUGACGAGUUGGGAGAAGUGAUCAAAGAUGACAUCUGGCCCAAUCCGCUGCAGUACUACUUGGUGCCUGACAUGGAGGAUGAAGAAGGUGAAGGCGAGGAUGACGAUGAAGACGAAGAGGAGAUUUUGGAAGACAUCGAUGAGGAAGAGGAGGAUGAAGAAGGCGAAGAUGAGGAUGGAGAUGAUGAUGGUGAUGAUGACUAAAACAUUUGGCCAACACAUUUUACCUGUCCUCCCUUCAUGAUCAUCCUACAAAGCCAAGGGAGCAAACGAUUUAGUUUUCAGUUUUAUUUCGGGAGUGGUAGUUGUUUAAAAAGAUACUUUUUCUGUGUUGUUGGCCCGUUCAACCUCUUCUCCCUCGUGCCCCUUCCCACCUCCUCUGCAGCCUCCGCUCCACGCGCAGCAGGUCUCUUACAUUUUGGACUUAUCACUAUUUGUUUCUCUACAUUUCCCAAAGACACAUGUCAAGAAUAAAAAAAAAAAAUCAUCGAACGAUUCACAUUUGUAGCAUUCUGCACGUCAUCCUGCGUAGAUUCCAGAUGCGUACAAUAGCAAUUUCUAUGUGGAAUUUGAAAAAAAAAACCCUGUUUAUGUUGUGAAUUUAUUAAAAGCAAGAAGGCAUGGUGCAGUGAUGAUUGACCAUGGCAUCUUUAGUGACUCUCUCUUAUGUGAAUAUGUGAAGUGGUGGGGCGGCCUCUCUUUCCUAGAAGUUGCAUUUGUCUCACAGUCCUGAGGAUGAUAACCACCAGCUUGUUCCUAACACUCUGCCAUGCAUUUGGUGGGGCUGAUGGGUUUGGGUGUAACACAAUUUAAACGUACUUCGUUUUUAUAUAUAUAUAUAUAUAUAUAUCUAUAGAUAUCAAGUUGUCUAACGGUUGUGGAAGGAGGACUGUGCUGCAUCUCCACUGGAAACGAUGUUAAGUUAUGUCUACCAGCUUCUUUGUUCAAUGAUAUUUGGAGUAUUUCAGCAGCUGGUGGCGGCCGACGCGACGGACCGACCCACGCGUCCAGGUCCUGUUCCGAUCUGUGUCGGUGCACUUCAGAGAAGAGUGAACUAACUACGGACAAAACAGACGGGUAUCUUUCAGUCUCAGAUCAGUUCACAAUGACUGCACUCGUUUUGGGUCAAUCUGUCGUCGGCGAUUGACCUGCAUUCAUGUUGUCUCUGGAGAUCAUAUGAAAUGUAUGGAACUGAUUUCUAAUGUGACUUGUAAAUCAUUACUGUGUAUGUGUGUCCUGUCAGCAGCCCCCACUUCAUUCCAAGUGGGUUUUUAAAAUAAACAAUUUGGGUUGA